AUGUCGCAAGUUAACAUUCAGCUAGGUGAUGAUAGAAUUGUCAAAGCGGCAACAAGCACAUCUAGUGCAGAACACCUAGCAAGCUCAAACACGAAGAAAAUGUUAGAGACUCUUCUGCUAGCCUCCAACAAACUACGCCAGAGAUCAGAAGCAGUCGCAGCAGGCAUGGAAGCUGUACCUCGAACCAAAGCGAUUGAACAUGCCUUGUUAAACCAGAACCCGUCAUCUUCCUCUUCAUAG